AGUGUGCGAAGGAAUUUGAGGAAUUUCACAAAAAAGAUCGGUAUAGCCGUUAUCGGAUUUCUUUCUGUUUUAUAGCGUCUCGCUUUACAUAAAAAUCCCCAUCUGUCAAAAAAAAUGGAAGUCUCCAAUGGAUUGGCGCGAGAGGAAAGCAACUAGAGAAGAGUCCUCUAACCUCUAAAACGCCGAUUCGAAAUACGAAAUAAAUAUCUUACAACUUCAGAAGUGUGGAAUUUUGAAAAUAUUUUACAAUAUUAAGAAGCAUGGAUGUCCAACGGCAUUCCGUGCACACACUAGUGUUUCGAUCCUUAAAAAGGACUCAUGAUAUGUUUUUGUUAAAUCAAGGAUCUUUACCUCCAGAAGAUCCUAUCCUACAGCAGAUGAAGAAGGUUAUAAAAGCAAAAGACUGUUAUGGCCCAGUAUUAGAACGCGUCAAGCAAAAUAAUAUAGCCAAAGUACAACAGGAAAAUGACACUGCAGAUCCUCCACCACCAGGAGAUGAAACUUUUGGAGUUAAUACUACUUUUGCUGUUGUUCCUUAUAAUAUAACAAAAGGAAGCACAAGCAUAGUAUCAACAAGUAUAGGAAGCAAUAUAAGUAAUAGUGGUGUAAUGCCACAGAAGAAGAUACCUUCAAUGGCGAAACCCAAAUGGCAUGCACCAUGGAAAUUGUAUAGAGUUAUCAGUGGUCAUCUGGGAUGGGUAAGAUGCUGUGCUGUAGAACCUGGAAACGAGUGGUUUGCUACAGGCUCGGCCGACAGAGUGAUCAAGAUAUGGGACUUAGCAAGUGGCAAGCUGAAGGUUUCAUUGACUGGUCAUAUAAGCAGUGUUCGUGGCCUUGCAUUUUCACAAAGGCACCCAUACCUAUUUUCUUGCGGAGAGGACCGCCAGGUCAAGUGCUGGGAUCUAGAAUAUAAUAAAGUGAUCAGACACUACCAUGGCCACUUGUCAGCAGUAUAUUCCAUGGCAUUGCAUCCGACUAUAGAUGUUUUGGUAACAGCCGGACGAGAUUCCACUGGAAGAGUGUGGGAUAUGCGUACCAAGGCCAAUGUUCACACUCUUGUCGGACAUACUAAUACAGUGGCUAGUGUGAUCUGCCAAUCUGCUGAGCCACAGAUUGUCACUGGCAGUCACGAUUGCACGAUACGUUUGUGGGAUCUUGCUGCUGGGAAAUCUAGAGCAACUUUAACGAAUCACAAGAAGAGCGUACGAGCUCUGACAUUCCAUCCGUCUUUGUACAUGUUUGCCUCAGCAUCGCCAGACAAUAUUAAACAGUGGAAAUGUCCGGAAGGAAAAUUCAUUCAAAAUCUAUCAGGUCACAAUGCCAUAGUUAAUUGCUUGGCUGUGAACGCCGAUGGGGUUCUAGUUUCCGGUGCUGACAACGGUACCAUGCAUCUCUGGGAUUGGCGAACUGGAUACAAUUUCCAACGACUCCAAGCACCGGUCCAGCCUGGCUCGAUGGAUAGCGAAGCUGGAGUGUUUAGCAUUACGUUCGAUAUGUCGGGCACUCGCAUGAUUACAACAGAGGCUGAUAAGACUAUUAAAGUAUACAAGGAAGACGAUACUGCUACCGAAGAGACGCAUCCAGUUGACUGGCGACCUGACAUAAUAAAGCGAAGAAAAUAUUGAAUUCUAAUUUAUUCAAAUGUAUAUAUAUUGAUCCAACUAAUUUAACGUAAUUACUGUCACGUGUUCAAAGAUUAUUUUUUAUAUAAGAUUACUUUGACUUCCAGGCUGUAAUGGAUAUAAAGCUAAGUUGCAA